AUGCCUAACUUCACACUCUCCCCCUCCAAACCCGCCAAAUACAGCGACGCCAAUGGUCGAUACACCCGCAUCGAAAGUGGUCAAAUCCCUUUUCGCGGUCGUUCGCUAGGUGCCUCUCGACGAGGCAAGUACUGCUUAGCCGUCGCAGCAGCAGCCGCUGCCUCCCAACCUUCACACGCCAACUCGGCUUCAGAUGAUGAAAACAUGAACGCAGCCAGUGUCGUUGCGCCUUCCUCAACUCGCAGGCGAAAGAAAGCUUUGACGCUGGAAGAGGUUUCUGCUACCGCAGGACGUCGUAGCAUGGCCAUGAUCAUGGAUGACACUUCGCCCUCUGCGCCUGGAGUGCCUGAUACCAGCUCAGGAAGCGGUACGAGCAGCAGUGCGUCCAUCUUUGUCUCUCAUAUGCAGGGCAUCAUCUCUCUCAUCGGAGUCAUCCUCCUCCUUAUUCUUGUGAGGUUUGCUAAGAUCUCAGUGGAUAACGCGACCUAUGUUAGGGGCGUACUGAACAUGUUGACUGGUCUGGCAGCUAGUGCUUCGGCGCAUAAGCUUUCGAUGACUGUUGCUGUUUCUUCUGUCGCCUCCGUCCGUUCAGCUUCCUCGGGGUCUUCCAAGCCGCCUUCAGCUGCUGUCACAGUGGCAGCGAUGGGGUUGACUGGCAACCAAGCGUUCAACUUGAUCUUUGGCAGCGAUCAGUUCUUUCAAAUCGUCGCAUUCAUCGAGGCCAUCUGUUCCGCUGUCGCUUCCUACAUGGCAGGUUCAUCCAUUGUUACGAGCUUGACAGAUAUGAACAGGAACGGCACACCGUUGCUCGAGCUGGACAUGAGCCAAGCAGGGACACUGUGGGGUAUCUGCGGGUUGUGGAUCGUGGCGUUGGCGUUGCAUGCCACAACGGCAUUUGCGAAUAAGAGCACCAUCCAAACUGUGCAGAUGGCAAGUCAGGAAAGCAUGAGAGAGAUUGUUGCGGUUAUGCAUACCGAGAGCGUCUACUCGGGUAAGCAGUAG